UCCAGGGAGGGACCUGGGUAGUCGGAGAAGCCGGAAACAGCGGGCUGGGGCAGCCACUGCUUACACUGAAGAGGGAGGACGGGAGAGGAUUGUGUGUGUGUGUGUGUGUGUGUGUGUGUGUUUUCUUUUUGGUGGUGGUGGAGGAGGAGGGGUGCUAGCAGGGCCAGUCCUGAACCCGCUGGACAGAGCUACAGACCCAUGGGGCCUGGCAGAGCCCGCUGAGAGAGGGAGACGACAACAGAGGGGUUGCCAAGGCACCCUCCAAACCCCAGAUCAUGUCUCUGUGGGGUCUGGUCUCCAAAAUGCCCCCAGAAAAACUGCAGCGGCUCUAUGUCGACUUUCCUCAACACCUGCGGCAUCUCCUGGGUGACUGGCUGGAGAACCAGCCCUGGGAAUUCCUUGUCGGCUCAGACACCUUCUGCUGCAACAUGGCCAGCGCCCUACUUUCUGCCACUGUCCAGCGUCUUCAGGCCUCAGCUGGAGAGCAGGGGGAGGGGAGCACCGUCGUGCAACACAUCAACACUCUGGAGACCAUAUAUCAGAGGGACCCCCUGAAGCUGGUGGCCACUUGCAGACACAUACUUCAAGGUGAAAAAAAAGCUGUUAUGGAGCAGUUCCACCACCUGCCAAUGUCCUUCCACUGGAAGCAGGAGGAACUCAAGUUUAACACAGUCCUACGGAGGCUGCAGCACCGGGCGGGAGAGACCCGCCUUCUCCGGGAGGCCCUGCAGCCUGGAGCUGAGGCUGGCCAAGUGUCUUUGCACAGCUUGAUAGAAACGCCUGCCAACGGGACUGGGCCAAGUGAGGCCCUGGUCACGCUGCUGCAGGAGACUGUUGGCGAGCUGGAAGCUGCUCAGGCUCUGGUGCUGAAGAGGAUCCAGAUAUGGAAGCGGCAACAGCAGCUGGCAGGGAAUGGCGCACCCUUUGAGGAGAGCCUGGCUCCACUACAAGAGAGGUGUGAGAGCCUGGUGGACAUUUAUUCCCAGCUGCAGCAGGAGGUGGGGGCAGCUGGUGGGGAGCUUGAUCCCAAGACCCGGGCAGCAUUGAUUAGCCGACUGGAUGAAGUCCUGCGCACACUCGUCACCAGCUCUUUCCUGGUGGAAAAGCAGCCCCCCCAGGUUCUGAAGACUCAGACCAAGUUCCAGGCCGGGGUUCGAUUCCUGCUGGGCCUGCGGUUCCUGGGGGCCCCAGCCAAGCCUCCACUGGUCAGGGCCGACAUGGUCACGGAGAAGCAGGCGAGGGAGCUGAGCAUGCCCCAGGGGCCUGGAGCUGGAGCAGAAAGCACCGGGGAAAUCAUCAACAACACUGUGCCCCUGGAGAACAGCAUUCCUGGGAACUGCUGCUCUGCGCUGUUCAAGAACCUGCUUCUGAAGAAAAUCAAGCGGUGUGAGCGGAAGGGCACCGAGUCUGUCACGGAGGAGAAGUGUGCUGUGCUCUUCUCCACCAGCCUCACGCUCGGCCCUAACAAACUUCCCAUCCAGCUCCAGGCCCUGUCUUUGCCCCUGGUGGUCAUCGUCCAUGGCAACCAAGACAAUAACGCCAAAGCCACCAUCCUGUGGGACAAUGCCUUCUCUGAGAUGGACCGCGUGCCCUUUGUGGUGGCUGAGCGGGUGCCCUGGGAGAAGAUGUGUGAAACUCUGAACCUCAAGUUCAUGGCUGAAGUGGGGACCAACCGGGGGUUACUCCCAGAGCACUUCCUCUUCCUGGCCCAGAAGAUCUUCAGUGACAGCAGCCUGAGUAUGGAGGCCUUCCAGCACCGUUCUGUGUCCUGGUCACAGUUCAACAAGGAGAUCCUGCUGGGUCGUGGCUUCACCUUUUGGCAGUGGUUUGAUGGUGUCCUGGAUCUCACCAAACGCUGUCUCCGGAGCUACUGGUCGGACCGGUUGAUCAUCGGCUUCAUCAGCAAACAGUACGUCACUAGCCUUCUUCUCAACGAACCUGAUGGAACCUUCCUCCUUCGGUUCAGUGACUCAGAGAUUGGGGGCAUCACCAUUGCCCACGUCAUCCGAGGCCAGGAUGGCUCUCCACAGAUAGAGAAUAUCCAGCCAUUCUCUGCCAAAGACCUGUCCAUUCGCUCACUUGGGGACCGAAUCCGGGACCUUGCUCAGCUCAAAAACCUCUACCCCAAGAAACCCAAGGAUGAGGCUUUCCGGAGCCACUACAAACCUGAACAGAUGGGUAAGGAUGGCAGGGGUUAUGUCCCAGCUACAAUCAAGAUGACUGUGGAAAGGGACCAGCCACUUCCCACCCCAGAGCCCCAAAUGCCUACCAUGAUGCCCUCUUACGAUCUUGGAAUGGCCCCUGACUCCUCCAUGAACCUGCAGCUUGGCCCAGAUAUGGUGCCCCAAGUGUACCCACCACGCUCUCACUCCAUCCCCUCAUAUCCAGCCCUCCCCCGGGAAGAAUCAGUCAAUAUGUUGCCAGCCUUCCAGGAACCUCACCUGCCAAUGCCUCCCAACCUGAGCCAGAUGAGCCUGCCCUUUGACCAACCUCACCCGCAGGGCCUGCUGCCGUGCCCACCUCAGGAUCAUGCCGUGUCCAGCCCUGAACCCUUGCUCUGCUCAGACGUGACCAUGGCAGAAGAUAGCUGCCUGAACCAGCCAGUGGGAGGGUUCCCUCAAGGCACCUGGGUCCGUGAAGAUAUGUUCCCGCCCUUGUUGCCUCCCACUGAACAGGACCUUACCAAGCUUCUCUUGGAGGGACAAGGGGAGUCAGGGGGAGGGUCCUUGGGAGCCCAACCCCUCCUGCAGCCCUCCCCCUACGGGCAGUCUGGGAUCUCAAUGUCCCACUUGGACCUAAGGGCUAACCCCAGUUGGUGAUCCCAGCUGGAGGCGGAGCCCAGAGAGACCACUCUCCUGCCCCACAGGCCUGCUCUGGGCACCCGCCCCUGCUCCUGCCCAACAGCAGAGAGGGAGGGUUUGUCCUCCUCUCCCCACCCACUCCCUGCUCAGAAGGAAAAGACUGCCAAGAGAAGGUACACUGGGUGGAACAUACCUACUCCUUCCCUUCCAACACACCCCUGCCCUUUCCCUCCCAGAUAGUGGAAGGGAAAUUCAGGUUCCAAGUGAGACACACCCCAACAUGACUGCACAGGCAGCACAUGCACACACACACACACCACACACACACACACACACACACAGCUGGGUGGAACAUACCUACUCCUUCCCUUCCAACACACCCCUACCCUUUCCCUCCCAGAUAGUGGAAGGGAAAUUCAGGUUCCAAGUGAGACACACCCCAACAUGACUGCACAGGCAGCACAUGCACACACACACAUACCACCCACACACACACACACACACACACACACACAGCUCUCCUUGGAAGAUGGCACUCAGCAGGAAGAGGGCUGGACAAGAGCACAGGUGCAGGCAGGGGGGGAUUUUUCUGCCUGCCCCAAGCUGGGGCUCACCACUCACGGGUGGAAACACCCACACAUGCACACAUCUGCUCCACAGACUGAGGAUGGCAGUAUGGGCUUAGGCCCCAGCCCUGGAGAGAUGGGAAGCAGUUCAGGAGACCCUGGGAGGGAGGGAGGGUGGGGACUGUACAUUUGGUUACAGAUGUGGCUUUUGCCCAGAUUAAAAAAACAAGUCCCAA